AUGUCAAAAAAUAUAGUUAAAAAAAUACCCAUUUCCAAUUUAUCUCGAAAAAUAAUAGAUUUACGUACGGGUUUGGGUGCAGUCAAAUUAAAACCCGUAGUAAAAAAAAUAUCGUUGGUGUACAGUGUGAAAAAUGAUAAUGCUGGAGCAAGAUAUUUUAAGAAAGAAAAUUUGCCUCGAAUAAUUUAUAAUAACCCUGGAUUGCCAAUUGAAGUUUCCGUUUUGAAAGAAAAGGGGGUUAAACCAACUUUAACCAUAGAAUUCGGUAUAGUCAUUGACAUUUAA